UCUUUCCUACUGGUCGUCUUGUCUGUCUCCUUUUAGCCUCAUUAAGCACUGAGUGACGCACUCCACUUUUCGCUUCGUGUCCAUUCUCUGCAACCAACACGCCAUCUUCAUCCACUUUCCUCCUUUUCUUCUGCUACUUCAUCUCUCUUGAUUUUCUACUGUUUUCCUCAAUCGGCCAUGGGAGACGACGGACGUAUGCAUGCUAUGGAGGAUGAUGAAUCUGCCACUGCCGACCAAAUCCGCGCCAUCGAUAUUUACCCUCUCAGUAACUACUACUUCGGAUCCAAAGAGCCUCUUGUUUUCAAGGACAAGACCUUGGCUGAUCGCGUUAUCAGGAUGAAAUCCAAUUAUGCUGCUUAUGGAUUGAGGACUUCUGUCGAAGCAGUUUUGCUGGUUGAGCUAUUCAAGCAUCCUCAUGUGUUGCUGUUGCAAAUACGAAAUUCAAUUUUCAAUCUUCCCGGCGGUCGCCUAAGGCCCAAUGAAUCUGAUAUUGAUGGCUUGAAGCGAAAGUUAUCAAGGAAGCUUUCUGCCAAUGGAGCCCCUGAUGCAUCUGAUUGGGAGGUGGGCGAUUGCCUCGGUACGUGGUGGAGGCCUGACUUCGAAACCUUGCUCUAUCCACAUUUGUCCAACAAUGUAAAAGGAGCCAAGGAGUGCACUAAACUUUUCCUGGUCAAAUUGCCGGAGAGUCGAAAAUUCAUUGUGCCAAAGAACCUUAAGUUGAUUGCAGUUCCUUUAUGCCAACUUCACGAAAACCAUAAGAUGUACGGGCCAGUUAUAUCGGGUAUUCCGCAGUUACUUUCCAAGUUUUCCUUCAACAUCAUCGAAACUUAAGAGUCAUCUUAUUGAUAAUAAAAAAGAUGACAAACUAUCAUUGGUCGGUAUUAGCAGACCAGUGAAAAGAAUAUUUAUUAGUGCAUUAUAGAGCUGUCAGCUAACUUUGUAUGAACGUUGACAGACACUUGUAUAAAACAUGCACGCAAACAAUGGUGAUGAUUUUGCAAGUAUAAAGAUAUUGUAUAGUUAUAUAGGUUCACAUUGUUACUUUAAAACUUAUGUUUGAAUGAGUGCUAAAACUAUAUGGUUGUGUAAA